AAAAAAAUGGCUCCCCUGAUGACUGGUCUUGGUAUAUCAUCUAUAGUUUUCUUGAUUUUGACCGCGCAAGUCUGGAUCUAUUUCUGGAGACGUAGAAUUCGAUCUCAGGAGAACAGGCAGAGCAAAGUUCUCGUUGCCUUCAUCUGGUUACUUCAAGCUGCUCAAAUGGCAAUCACUACUCGGAUAUCAGGCAUUCAUACGAUGGAGUUCGAUGAUUCACUCCGUUUCAUUGGCUAUAUGUCGACAAACUGGGCGCUUUACACUAUAAUAUGGUCCUUGACCACGUCUCUUGUGCAUGGCGUUUUUAUAUCUAGGAUUUUCAGACUUGAGAAGAGUCUCUGUGGUAAACGGAGAAUAACAUUCGUUCUGAUCGCAUUUUGUGUCAUGGAGCAAGCUUUUGGUCUUCUUAGUGCAAUCUGCAUCUUUCAACUAGAUAAUCAUCCUAAUUACGAUGUCAUCGUUAUUUGGUCUAUCCCAAUCUCGAUUGGUUGUUCAGCGAUCAAUGAUGUUCUUAUCGCUGGAACUUUGGCCUAUAUUCUCCACAAACACAGGACUGUAUCGCGAAGAACUAACCAAAUGAUCACGAAACUCAUCAUAUUCUGCUCGCAAACGGGUUUGAUUACAACCGUGGCGGCAUCCAUCGCUAUGGGAAUCUGGGCAGCUUGCCGUUUCGAUAUUUACCAUCUAUAUAUGUGUUUUCCUACUGGAGGCUUAUAUGCUACAUGUCUUCUCGCCAACUUCAUCGCUCGGGAAUCCUACCUGCAGCCACAGAGAGUCCACGAAACCGAGAUUUCCGAAAUCAGUAUCAGUUUUGCACCUUUCACGCAGGGGAUCCAUGUGGGCUUGCCAGAAAGUAACUCUGGCCAGGAAACAUUGGUCAUGCAAGGAAGAACAGAUUCCUCGAAAGCGACCUCCUGUUAAGUCGAGUGACUAUGAUUCUUUUAACAUAAUGACGCCAUCUCGGUGUUGUCGUAAUUACCUACAGAUAAGUUAUCAUCGUACGUAUGUGCCGAGAUAAUCACCGUAUUUACAUUCAAAUCGGCGGUAGUAGCAUCAUCAGAAGGCUAGCUAGGGAUACAUAAAGUUUAUUCCUCACAAUGCCUCCGUCCUUCUGUGGUCUAGGUCAAGUCUAUGACAGACUCCUGUAUGAGGUGUGCUAAUCGCCUGGCUAUAUACACAUGUGGGGGGUGUCAACAUUUUACCUCUUGCAAAUUUUAAUCAAAAGCAGAUCUGGACCUGGCUAGAGCAUUCCAGACCUAGCCUAGAGCGUUCCAGAGCACUCUAGAAUGCCUUUCGAAUGU